AUGGAUGUUUCUGAUGAAAACAUCAAACGGGAAGCUAUGAAAAUUGUCUGGAUGUAUUCAGGAGUUACUUUCGUAGAUAUCAAGGAAAAAGGUAUACUAAAGGUGAAGGGAAAAUUUCAAAAGAUUCAAAUGGGGGGCAAACUCUAUGAGAUAGAUAAAUCUGUUGAUAUAAUCAACCGAACGGGAAAACCAGGGAAAAGUUACAUGCCGGGUUUAAACACAGUCUACAAUUAUGUCACCACUCCAAAAAUGCAGGAGAUACUUAUAUUCAAGUUUGAAGUUCUUAAUGAACACAUCAUACAGGAUGCUAUGGAAGUUAUAUGGGAGUUUUCAGGUACGUAUACACCAACACAAACCUAUGUUUAUAUUAAACCAAAUAAAUCAAUGAUUGUAAGAUAUAUUCAGUUUACAUCAUUUUGCAUUGUACGAUGUUUGUUGUUAGGAGUUACUUCGGUAGAGGUCAAGGGAGUUGAUAAACUAGAGGUGAAGGGAGGAGAAUUUAAUAAAAUCGCAAUGUCGGCGAAACUAAAGGACAUAGAUGAAUCCGUUACCGUUAUCAUCAAGGAGGGACUAGAUGUACAAACACCUAAUAUUGGAAGCUCAAAUGGGACAAAUUUUAAUAUGAAAAACGCGCUAUCCUCUUUCCGUGUGCCUGCGCGUGUGCGUGUGCCUCCGCCUCCACCUGUGCGUCCAGCUUCCCCUGUGUAUGCUGCUGGGCGUGGAAAAAAAUUUAACCAAGGAAAUGAGUUUCCAACAUAUAAGCAGCCAAUUUUCAAUGCUAUUGCUGCGCAAGUUCGUGACUUAUUGCCUAAAGCAAACGCGAAUAAGUUUAUGUUGGGGCAACAUAAUGCAGAGAUCCUUGGAAGGAAGAAGGCACAACCUGAAGUCAAGCAGCAGAAUCAUAAUGAUGCACAGGCCCCUGAUAAGAAGAAGCAACCACCUGAAGUCAAGCAGAAUGAACAAGAAGGAGGAUUCUUUGGAUUCUUUGGUAAGAAAAAGCAACAACCUCAGAAGGAAAAAAUCGUCAGUGAAAUCCCAAAACCUCAACGAACAUCGAGAAAAGGUACAACACUGAACUCAUGUGCUUGUGUAAACAUGCCUUUUCUAGUUUGA